AUGAGGACCACACAAUGCCAAGUUCCCUCCCAUGUUGCUCUUGUUGUUGUUGCUGUUGAUGUUGUUGUUAUGAUGAUCAUUGCUACACAGUGCCGUCGCGAUGUCUCAAGAUCUAGAGCGUCAGAGGAGGGCGAAUUAGGAGCUUUCAACGAUGUCCACACAAAGAAGAAUCUGCUGAAUGCCAAAUUGACCUGGCUCUUGGUGCCACAGCAGCCGAAAGAUGUGACGGCUAAAGUGAUGGGUUCAAACGGCCAUGUACACUUCUCCAGGCUCAUGACUUUGUCUCGCACGAGCCCUUCUUACUUGCCGGAUAAACUACCAUCGUCUAAAACCCCUAACGAUUCUGUUUUCCCUAAUAACGGGCGUCUUGGCCGAACCAUUUGUGAAAUUUUGCGAAUCACUGUCCUUAGGGAUGAGAAGAGACGAACAAGCAGGAGGACUAGUGGAUUGAUUGAAAGAUGCAGACCGUUUUGCACACAUUAUUUUAGACUUGUCUUGCUUGUCAAAGUACCGACACCUCGGGGGCUUGGGUCAUUGGGAGAUGAAAAACGCAAAAUGGCCUUGUUUGUCAAGCCGUUAGACCCCCUUCGUCUCGCCUUCCCGCCUAUUCGCCUGCCCGGCUUUUCCGCCUGA